AAUCUUGUUUCUCGGGCCAUAGUCCACACGUCUUCACUCCUUUCGAGAUUUCCCUUUGUUUUUUUUUUUUCACCUCAACUUUUUCUACUUAACUACUUUCCAUUUAGUUUUUGUUGUUUUGUUUUUAUAAUCUUUGUUCUCUUUCUGAUUCUCUAAUCUCCAUGGGAAUUGGGAAGGUGAUGAUGAGAUAUGAUGAAUAAGUCGUAUCUUGGGCUCGACGGACUUUUCAACGAAAAUUCCAGGGGAUUUAGAACAUUACCCAGGGUUUCUUGUGAGAAGACAAUUUAGGUCGAAGGGUGAGUUUUCAUGGGUUGAACUGAAGAGUUAAUAAUGAUGGGGAGUUUAAGUGAAGAGGAAGAUCAAUUUUUUGACACCCGUGAAGAUGUUACCUCUGUAUCUGAGUCAGGAUCUGAUUGCCCGGAGAAUUCUGAUUCUGAGUAUUCCACAUCCAUCAACUCGAUGCCGGCUAAUUUUGGAUUUGAAAUUUGGAAUAAAAACCUCAGUAGCAUUCGUGAACGACGUGAUAAAUUCCUGAAAUGGGCGGGUUUAAGUGUAGAUCAGACUGUCAGGGAAGAUCCCUCUAACUUGUGUCGUGAUGAGAUUGAAGUAGAGACUGAUAGAAUUAUGGGGAAGAGUGGAGCUGUCUUAGGACCAUCAAGCUCUGAUAAUAGUUUUUCUUCCAGUCAGUCUUCCAUGUCUUGUUCAUCAAGUGAUGCCAGGGAGUUGUUAGAUGCGGCAUUGGAUGAUAAUCUUGUGUGUAGGAUUAAGAAUUUGGAUGAUGGGACAGAGUUCAUUGUGGAUGAAUUCAGUCAGGAUGGAAUGCUCAGGAAACUGCGGGAAGUAGGGUCUAAUCAUUUGCUUACGGUUGAUGAAUUCGAAAGGAUGCUUGACUUAUCCCCUGUAGUUCAACAAGAAAUGCGACAGGAAGUCAAAGGUGUUUCUGAUUUAGGGCCAGAAAUAAAGCAGGGGAAAAAGGGAUGGCUUAGACGGUUAGGUGCUUUUGCUUGCAUCAUUGAUAGGCAGGUAGGAUCUGAUGGUAAGAUAUCCAAUGAUUGUCAUUCAAGUGCAGAGACUAGGAUUCAAAUGGUUCGAGUUAGAUCAUACAAGAAGCAGUCAAAGGAGUUCUCAGCUCUUUACAAGGGCCAAGAGAUCCAAGCCCAUGAAGGGUCAAUCUUAACAAUGAAGUUUAGCCCUGAUGGUCAGUACCUUGCAAGCGCUGGUGAAGAUGGUGUUGUGCGUGUGUGGCAGGUUUUCGAGUCUGAACGAUCAGGGAGUUCUGACAUUCACGAUGUCGAUCCUUCAUGUGUCUACUUCACAGUGAAUGACUUUUCUGAAUUGGUUCCUCUUAACGUGGACAGAGAGAAAAAUGACAAAUCAAAGAGAGUGAAGAAAAUUCCAGAUUCAACUUAUGUCAUUUUCCCUCAGAAGGUUUUUCGAAUUUUAGAUAAACCUAUCCAUGAGUUCCGUGGGCAUUGUGGGGAGGUCCUUGACCUCUCUUGGUCAAAGAAUAAGCAUUUUAUAUCAUCCUCUGUUGAUAAGACAGUUCGCUUGUGGCAAGUUGGAUAUGAUGAAUGUCAAAAAGUAUUUGCCCACAAUAAUUAUGUAACAUGCAUUCAAUUUAAUCCAGUGGAUGAUGAUUACUUCAUAAGUGGUUCCAUAGAUGGGAAAGUGCGCAUCUGGGAAAUUCCAGGUGGUCAAGUUGCUGAUUGGACUGAUGUGACAGAUAUUGUUACCGCUGUUUGUUAUCGUCCUGACGGAAAGGGUGCAGUUAUUGGUUCUAUGAAUGGAAAUUGUCGCUUUUAUGAUGCUUCAGAUAACCAUCUGCAACUUAAUGCUCAAAUAUGUUUACGCAGUAAGAAGAAAUCAGCGUGCAGUAGGAUAACUGGAUUUCAGUUUGCACCAGGGGACCCAUAUAAAUUAAUGGUUACUUCUGCUGAUUCACAAGUUCGAAUCCUCCAUGAUGUUGAUGUGGUCUACAAAUUUCGAGGUCUGCGGAAUGCAGGGAGCCAGAUAUCUGCUUCAUUUACCUCAGAUGGAAUUCGAAUUGUUUCAGCAAGUGAAGAUUCUAAUGUCUAUGUGUGGAACAAUGUUAUCCAGGAUGGACCAGUUCCCCAAUCAAAAAACAAUUGGUCUUGUGAAAGCUUUUUCUCAAAUAAUGCAUCAGUAGCCGUACCUUGGCGUGGGAUGACAUCUAUAAACUCUAUUUUCUCUAAUAUGGCAGGAAGUGUGCCAUCACCCAAAGUUUCUUCUAGCACACGGACAUUUAAUGGGAAUACUGGGGUAUUACAUUCUGAGUUGAGCGAGAGCUCUCAACACAAAUUACCAUUCUCCUCUUCUGAACGUUUUUCUAUGGGCCAUGGAUUUUUCUCCGAAUCUUUGCCCAAGGGUACUGCAACCUGGCCAGAGGAACAGCUCCCCCCUCCAAACUCCUUAGUUGUAUCAUCUGCAAUGUGUAAAUCUCAGUACAAGUUGCUUAAGAUAUCUUGUCUGAGUGCAUCUCAUUCUUGGGGCCUUGUAAUUGUAACAGCUGGUUGGGAUGGACGGAUCAGGUCAUUUCAAAAUUAUGGAUUACCAAUUCACCAUUAGCUUUAUUGAGACAAUUUCAAAAUUUUGCCGUGUUUGGUUUUAGCAAAACAAGAAUGAUGUCACAGA